AUGCCGUCGGUUACUCUUGGCGACGCUAAAGACAAGCCAACUAUUAAAAAGGCGAUUCCGACUUCUGCAAAUAAAAUUAUCACUGCAACUGUAGCCAGGUUAUAUGUUGCUUAUCCGGACCCAAAUGCAUGGACAUAUGCUAAUAUUGUAGGAGCAGUUGUAUUUCUUCGGGAUUUGAAGAAAAAGUCUUUCUUCUUUCGUAUCGUAGACUUGAAUUCUGAGCGAGGUGUCAUUUGGGAACAAGAAUUAUACCAAGACUUUCAGUACAACAACGACACACCAUUCUUUCACACUUUUGCGACUGACGAAUAUGUUGCCGCAUUUUCUUUCGCCGAUGAAAACGAAGCUACGACGUUCCAUAAAAAGGUGAUCAAUCGUGAAAAAAUUAAUGCCAAAGCAAAAUCGAGCAAAAAAGAAAAUGAAAAUAAAGGCUUCUUCGGUGGUGGUACAACCAAAAAGAAAAAGGGUAAAAAGAAUAAAGUUGAUAAAGCCUUGAUUGGGCAGCCUACUGAUUUCAGACAUCUUGGACAUAUUGGUUACAAUCCCGACACAGGGUUUGAUGUGCAAAAUAUCGAUCCUAAUUGGCAAAGUCUGUUUGAUCAAUUAGGGCAAUUAGGUGUGACUCAGGAUCAAAUCACAAAAAAUGCAGAUUUUAUUAAAAGCUUUGUGGAAAAAGAAGGUGGACUCCACGGGACGCCAGCUGCUCGUAAAAAAGCAGCACCGCCACCACCACCAUCUAAAGUUAACAGGAGGCAUCCACCACCUCCGCCUGCACGUACAACCGCAAAUGUAAAGCCAAACAAAUCACCACCACCUCCUCCUCCGUCACGCAAACCAGUUGCACCUAUUACUCCAACACGUGAUUUGUCUCCAUCUCCUCCAGUGGCUCCUCAAAAAGCGCCAACUCCACCACCACCACCUGCACCUGUUGUGAAACAACCUACUCAUAAACCAAAUAUUCCACCACCUCCACCACCCAUCCAAAGACAAAAUGUUCCGUCAUCACCACCUCCUGUGCCACCUCCAUUACCUAACUUGUUGCAAGAAAUUCAAAGAACUGGCGGAACUGCUGGUGCCAGUCUGAGAAAAGUUGGAGAGCCGAAACCACGCUCAUCUACGUUUGAUGAAACAGAACCACCGAGCCCUUCUGCUGGUGGUGAUCUUGCUAAAGCUUUGGCAAAUGCUCUUUUUACCCGCUCCAUUGCUAUCGGAAACGAUUCAG